AUGGCCAAGUUAUUUAUGUUUACUGUUAUUCCCCUGUUUCUUCUCUGCUUCUACAGCGGAUGUAUUGACAGGGAAAGGGAAGCUCUUCUCCAGUUCAAAGAUGACCUAAACGAUCCUUUUAGCCUACUGAGUUCGUGGGAGAAGGAAAGUGAUUGUUGCCAGUGGGAGGGCAUACGAUGCCAUAAAACCACCGAUCAUGUAGUCGUCGUUCAAAUUUGGGGUUCACCACUAUCUCGAGGGGGCAUCAUCCCUGAGAGCUUGUGCAACCUCACUUCUGUUGAAAUCAUACGGCUAGUUAUGACGAGAUUCACAGGUACUCUUCCUCCCUGCUUGGGACAACUCUCUUCUCUCAGAGGACUCUACUUACCUCUGAAUAGUUUGAGUGGGAACAUUCCAUUGUCCUUUGCAAACAUGUCUUCUCUUGUUUCCCUUGAUUUAUCGUUUAACGAUUUGAAAGGUGUAACCCUCCUUAGUAGUAUUUGUAUGCUCAAUCUUACAAAUCUUAGAGUGGUUCUACUUAAGAACAACCAAAUGAAUGGAAGCUUACCAUCCUGUCUGGGUAGUCUCUCUUCUCUAAAUUGGCUAGAUUUGUCAGAAAAUCAAUUCACAGGAAGCAUUCCCUAUUCUCUCUCUAAUCUCUCUUCUUUGAGUUGGCUAGAUCUGUUAGAAAAUCAAUUCACAGGAAGCAUUCCCUCUUCUUUCUCUAAUCUCUAUUCUCUGGGUUGGCUAGAUCUUUCUAACAAUCAGUUGAGUGGUAAUAUCCCAUAUUCUUUAGGCAAGGCUUCUUCGCUUACACGUUUUGAGGUUUCUAAUAAUGCUUUGAGUGGUUCAAUUCCAGAUUCAUUAGGUAGUCUCUCUUCACUGGCAUACUUGGAUCUAUCUGACAACCAGCUACGUGGAACUCUUCCCUCCUCAUUUUCAAGACUUUCAUCUCUUACUGACCUCUAUGUUCAGAGGAAUAGAUUCAACCAGAGUACUCCUUCCUCAGCGCUACCCUCUUCGCUUAAAAAGCUCUAUCUCACAUUGAACGGCCAUCAGGUAAUUUCAGAGGCUUUCUUUCACAACCUUAGCAAAUUAGAGGAACUGAGGCUAUCCAAUAGUGUACUUAAUAUCGGCACUACUUGGAUUCCUUCAUUCCAGUUAGUAAAAUUGUAUAUGACAUCAUGUAAGGUGUAUGGUCAAAUGCCCUCGUGGAUUUCGACUCAGUUCUCACUUCUAGAGUUACAAUUAGCUAACAGCAGUCUUGUUGGAGAAAUUCCCUCUUGGGUACAGGACAUGAGACUUCAGUACAUCAAUCUUACAACAAAUCAUCUGGAAGGUCGCCUUUUGCUAAAUACUUCAUCUUGGAAUCAAUUGCGGGUCUUGGAUAUGUCUAACAAUACAUUAUAUGGACAGAUGCCAUCAAUUUGGCCUUCUAAUGUACAAAUAUUGUUGCUCAACGACAAUUUGCUGACAGGAAGUAUUCCUCCAAGAUUGCAGGAUAACUCUUCAAUGCAGGCAUUAAAUUUGGCCAAUAAUCAUUUGAGUGGAAUCAUCCCUCCAAGCUUAGCCGAUUGUUCCGAGCUUCAAAUGCUGAAUUUGGGAGAUAAUAAUUUGAGAGGAAUGAUCCCUUCCAAGUUUGGUAAGCUAAGUCAGUUGCAGUCACUAGUGUUAAAGAAUAACAGGUUGAGUGGAUCAUUCCCUCCCUCCAUGUCAAACUGCACAAAAUUAUAUUUUCUGGAUGUUGGGCAAAACUUAUUGGAAGGUCAGAUUCCAAAGUCAAUAGGAAAUCUUUCAGAGCUGAUAGUGCUAGCAAUGAGGAAGAAUAAUUUGAAAGGAAGUUUUCCUACAGAAAUUGGGCAACUGAAGCAUCUCCAAAUCUUGGACCUUUCUUCGAAUCACCUUUCAGGGUAUAUACCAUACAGUAUUUUCAGUUUACAAGCAAUGAUGCUAGAAUCUAAAUCACGAAUUUAG